GCAUUACUUCGACUUGGCGUCAAAUGCAUCUUGAUGACGUUAAACCCUGUUGUUCCUUUCUUAGAUGAUACGAAUUAGUUGAAGUCGCAGGCUGAGUCAAUUGGCGAUACCUUUACUAUGUAGGUUAUAUAGGAAAUAUUGAGUUAACUUUGCAGCCUCUUGACUCCUAAGGUCCAUCACAUUAUAUAUUAUAUAUAUAAGCCGUCACCUAUUCAACUACAGAUAAAACCACUGCAUCUAAACAUUCAAGUGGCACAACGACUUAAAUAUUUCGGCGUCAUGGCGACGACUUAUAAUGAUGUCCGUGCUACCGGUUUUAAGGUAGAGAUGCUUAACGCUCUCGAAGCCCUUCCGUUGAACAAUGGCGACUCAUCUAAUAACCCUAAUGAGCCUGAAAGCGCGAUUCGGAAAUGGACAUCUAAUCAACUAACUACCCCCUUACUCUAUAUACUUCAAGACUCAUCGAGCACGGAUAUAUCCCUUAAUAGCUUGACACCCCCCGACUUGACCCGUUUCUGCUGCUUGCAAAGCCUCGAAUCUCAAUAUCACUUCCAUGUCUUCAUCGCCCAGAUAGAGAAGAGAGAGAUAGGCACCGAGACUGAUACCAUAGGUUGCGGGCUUGCAGAAAGCGAAGAGAAUGCUCUACAGAAUGGAACCCAAGAUAUUGAUGUUAUAGAAUGGUCGGUACGAUUGGUCUUUGAUGUUCAUUGCAAUCGAAAAGCUCAUAGCUUAGACAUAAAAUCCGACUUAAUUCUUAAUGAUGUUUUUAUUGACUGUGAGCCUGACGAGGAAGACGAUCUCCCCGAAGGCUAUGAUGAACCUGUCCACCCUGCUUUACGUGGAUUAUGUCGAUAUUAUCGAUCAUUGGCUCUACUUAUAGUCCCUCAAGCUACGAUGUCAACUUAUGUUCUGAGUAACCUCUUAGAGGCUGGCGAUGUGAAACCCGUGGCUGAUCUCCUGGAAUAUUUUUCAUCGAGAUGCAACGUUCCAGCAAGUGACGGCAUGUAUUUUCAGACAUUAGCUGAUCUAUGCGGAUAUUUCUUCUCCCAGCGGAAGGCGAAGACGUACUCCAAGAUGGAACUCCUUGAACCUACUAUCGCCAAAGUCCUCCAAGUAGCACUUCUCUUCCAGGAUCGCGGCCUCUUUGAGCUAGUUUGUAAUAAUAUCGAAGUCAACCUUUCGUCUCAAUUUUUCUCGUGGAUCGCAGUCAAGCUUCAAGGGUCAGAGCUGUCACUCACUGCACUAAGGCCAGCUUUCGACCAUUCUAUUUUGGGACAGCAAACCCUUGGCGAUCAGUAUAUGUAUAUUUCGACUUUAAACGCCACCUGUGAUACGACACCAAAAGAGCUACGGGAACUUGUUCUAAAUAUGUUAGACAAGAUGGUCCAACUUUGCUAUACUUCUACACUCUACGAACAGGAUGGCGAAACUCUUGUUCUUAUUGCCUGUAAUCACCGGGAUUAUGACUGGCUGUUGAAUAAACUGGGCCCUCUAGUUUCUAAUAGGCGCGAUAACAUCGCCUUCGUGCUGGGUUUUAGUUGGCAACUAUAUGUUAGUGCUCGCCAGGGUAGGUUAGAAGUCUCCGACUCUUUUGGAUUUCUGAAAGAUACCAUCAACUCUCUAAUCGUGCAAUUUGAUGUGGUUCACCUGAUUAGCGAACAAGGAUUCCAACGUUGGCAACGACAAAGAGCAUCUCGGAGAGGGGAUCACACGCGGCUCAAUCAGGACGCAAUACCACCACCUCUCCCACCGGUCACUAGUGACACAUUACUCAAUCUGUGUAGGCUUCUAUUUGACCUCGGCAUGGAAAGUGACUUGCGCGACCUGGUAAGGAGGUUAGUGGAGCAAAGCGAAAGAAUUGACCUGCUCGAACUCGCAGACCUUUACGUACCUUUCGCCGGCGGUUUCAUAGAUCUUCUAGAAAGUCGAUCCAUCUCCGUUGAGGAUCCUGCGUUCUCGACGUUAAUACGAACUAUCAUCCAGUCGUUCUGGACCCGAUAUAUUGUCAUGGAAGAGCCAAUUCCUACUCAGGCUGAACAAAAACAAACUUCCAACCAGAGGCUAAAUAAGUCCAGCUGGGUUAAACGAGUGGAAAAUGCCAGGCGGCAACUCGCAACUCUCAACCAGAGGAGUCUGCUGCUGGUGUUAGGGAGGGAUUAUUAUAACAUCACCGGGAACGAACCACCUUACUUCGAGUACCCACAACCGGACUUGAUAAUGAUUGAGCCAUAUACUGUCCCACAACCCUAUGCUACGGAAUCCUCUUAUCAACGAAGAAGUCACCAGAUAGAUCACCCAGCCGGGGUGGACUGUAGCCAAACGAAUGGAUCGCUGAUAUUUGCUGGACUAAAACGCAAACAACUCAGGGAUGACGAAUUUGCUGGCGAGCGACCGGCGAAGAGAUGAAGUUGGUAGCUUGCAUUUAAAGGAGUUACUUGGUUUUGGGGUUGAAUAUUAAUAUUGAAUAGUUAUUAUUAGGUUACCUAGGUAGGUAGGUACCUAGGUAUGUAUUUAGAUAUCAUGUGUGACGAGAGUUACGGAAAAGGGGCUUGUAAGCCGGGAUAGUUUAGGUACACAGUUAUGUAACCUAGGUACCUACUAACAUACAAGGUGCCUAUCGAGGUACCUAACCUAUUAAUGAGCUCCCC